AUGAUUGCUCUCAAUCAUCUUCUCCCCCCAGUAAUUCUUUUACUGGUUUUUUCGUUUCCGUCUCCCGCCUUUGCUAUCGAGUUUGAACUCGUCUCCAGAUGUCCAAAUUGUUCGAACUUUCUUACCAUCGUCGGAUUUUCUCCUCUUGACUACCAUGAGUGUGUUGAUAUUGAUUCGUUGAGGUCCUCUGUUCUUCUUUGUCUAUUGACCCCCGAAUCGAGAGCGGAGAUUUUGGGCAAUCGAGGUGUGACCUGUCAGUUCUGUGUCACUGAUCCGAUUGACGUCUCGUCUGGCCACGACCUCUCUACCCAUCUUAGUCACCCCGAUCCCGUUCCUCUCCACAGCCAUUCGCUUACAACCUUGGAUCUUGUUCUCCGCCAUAUGUUCCGGUGUGCUACUAGAUCAAAACUUUUCAACACUGGGAGUCCAUCUACGGACUUUGGCAGCUCAAAUUCUUCUCCGAGAUGUGGUAAACCGUUGUUG